GAAAUGACGCUAAUACCCCUGGAGUUUACCCGAUUUACUUUUUGGUUAACAGAAGGUAAUUAGAGUCAAAUCUUCCAACAUAACGGCUGUUAAAUCUUUCCCGCCCACUUGGCUUUUAUACCCUUACUCAGAUACGCAAAAUUACGCGAAUACCCCCGGAUAAACACUUCAACUUUAUCGAGGAUAUAAAUUUGAAUUUCCUCGUAGAUAAGCUUGGUCUCUACUUAUACUAAUCGUAUAUUCGGAACUUGUAACUUUAAAGAGAGGUCACAGUUAUCAAUUUACAGAAAACUCCUUAGUAUUUUUCCAAUAACAAAUGCAUGCUCACUUUCAUUAUAUUUCCAAAUUCCAAUAACGAAUGCAUGCAUCCGCAACUUCCCAAAAACAGAAAAACAGAGUUCAAAAAUAUGACCAAACCUCACACUACACAAUUAUCUCCUGCUUUCUUCCUCUUAUUAAUCUUCAACCCCUUUGUUCAUCGUAAAAUCCCCAAUUUGGUUACAUAAAUCAUUCGCCCUAAUAUUUCUGAUCAACAAUGUCGAUAUACAAACUAGCUGUGAUCAUCAAAAACCCUUUAAACGAGGAGGAAUUCCUUAUAGUCAAGCAAAAUAGGCCCCGUAAAUUCGGAAUUGAAGAGUAUGAUUCUUACAUUGAUUCUGAUCUUUGGGAUUUUCCUUCUAUCCUAUUGAAAUUGAUACAAGGUGAAUCGGAAAUUCAUGUUGAAGGAGCUGAAUUAUGCUCUGCUAAACUUGAUUUGAAGAAAUUUGACCUGGGUUUGGCUUUAAACCAGGUUUCAGAGCAGGUUGGAAUUGAGAGGUUGAAUCAAGGGCAGUGGAAGUUCUGGAAAUUUGUGGAAGAACCUGAAUUUGGACCAGCACCUCCGAUUCAUACGGUUUUUAUCUCUGCAUACUAUAGCUUUGAUGAUAAAAGUAGUGAUGUGGCAUGCCAGUGGAUUUCCUGGUCUAAUUGCUCAAAAUGGCUCUCUGAGGUAACACCGGACAGUUAUCGUAUGGGGCCAUUGGUGGUUAAUGGUUUUCCACAUGACUCUAAAUACUCUAAGUGGGAUGUACCGCGUUAUUUGAAUUACCAGGAAUAUCCGCUGGGUGUUAGACUUGUACCGAUGAGAAGUAGAACUGGCAGGCCUUUCUCCACUACGAACUUGGUAGUCAUUGCGCCACAGAUUGUUGCCAAUAGUGAAAGCGAUAAAAAUGUUAUUGCUCAUGGAGAUGCACUAAUAAUAGAUCCAAGAUGCAGAGUUCAGUCCCAUCAGGAGCUUGCGGAUAUUAUUGCAGCUUUACCAAGAAAGUUGAUCGUGUUUGUUACACAUCAUCAUGCUGAUCAUGUGGAUGGUUUGUCAGCUGUUCAAAAAUGCAACCCUGAUGCAAUUUUAUUGGCUCACAAAAGCACAAUGCAUCGUAUUGUAAAAGAUGACUGGUCUCUUGGGUAUACAUCAGUUGUAGGAGGGGAAGAAAUUAUUGUUGGGGACCAGCGACUCCAAGUCAUUUCUGCCCCGGGCCACACGGAUGGUCAUAUGGCAUUGCUCUAUAUCAAUACUCAUACACUGAUUGUUGGUGAUCACUGUGUUGGGCAAGGUAGUGCGGUUCUAGAUGCUUUUUCUGGUGGAAAUAUGGGAGAAUAUUUAAAUACGACAUUCAAAUUCUUGGAGCUUUCUCCAAAUGCUUUGAUUCCUAUGCACGGAAGAGUCAAUUUGUGGCCAAAACACAUGCUUUGUCGAUAUCUCAAGAAUCGCAGAGAUAGAGAAUCUUCAAUCUUGAAUGCCAUAGAAAAUGGCAGUACUACUUUAUUUGACAUAGUUUCCACUCUAUACAAAGACAUCGAUCGUGCCCUGUGGUAUAUUUCUGCAUCUAACGUGAGGCUCCAUGUUGAGCAUUUAGCUCAACAACACAAGUUACCUGAGGGCAUGUCCUUGUCAAAACUUCAACGGACUUAUGGAUUACAUUUUGCACUCAAUUGGAUCUGGGCAUAUGCAUGCAAUUGGAUUUCAUCAAAGAUUAUGAAGAUUAGAAGACCUAAACUCAUUGUUUCAGUAGUUAUUGCUUGCUUUGCUGCAUUGUAUAUUUAUAUUGUGUGAUAAUCAUGCCUACUUUAUAUCUAUCGUUAGUUUUAAAUGUUUAAUUCUGUCUUGACUGUGGAAACUUGGUGAAAUAAUUAUCUGGUUGAUGACAUGCUUAAUCAAGCAAUAUAACUAUACUAUGUUUGCUGUUG